GCGAAACGGGUUACGCGACGACCAGAGCGCAAGCGCUGUGCAUGGUGGAUGCAGCUACUGUUGUGCACCAGCGCCGAGAUUUCGUCGGGCUUGUUGGCGGUCCGCGUCUCGAUACCGCGGCUGCCAAGGAAGCGUCCGCCGCCAUCACUCCCAUGGAAUCCAGCCCAAUCAUGACUUUUCAUCCGACACGGCCUCUUGCUGAAGGUGGGCACUCGACGCACGCUGACCACCCACCUCCAACUUCCAGCCACCACGUUUCGACGGCACAAAACGCGGAUCCUCGUCGGCCGUCGAUUGUCGCGAUGAUCUUAGGUCGAGCGGUGGGAUCGAUGAUGGUCACGCCAUCCCCCGACGGUCAUGCGCCGCUAGCAAGCGGGCCCGAAGACUCGGUGUUGCGUCGGGCGACGGCCAGUAUUCAAAGCGCAGCCAACAUACUUCGACGCCAAGGGUCCGAACACAGCCACAACGGGUCCAACAGGCAUGGCCUGUGGCACCAAGAGAGCGGUCCAUUCAGCAGCAAGUCGCGCGGGUCCGAUGGGUCCAUGUUGUUGAGGCAGAGUUCGAGAAGUGUUCGUGAGCGGAAGGGCCAAGUCGAGCCCAUGGUAGAAGAGCCGUCCGGUGAAACGGGAAGGAUCAUGCACCAGAGCGAGUCGCGGUCGCGCGACGGUUCGACCCACCGAUUCGGUAGCUCAAAGACACCGGAGGGCUCCAUGCGUAAAAAUCCCGCGGCCCCUCCGCCUCAUGGGAACGAAGAUCCGCACACCCAACACCGACCGUCCAUGCUCCAGCUCGCGAAUGUGAGCUUCAAAAACCUGACUGGGAUGAUGAAUCAUCGACCAAGCAUGAGCCACGGGACGAGCGACGCAAGUUUCAAGGGAGGUGCGGCUUCGUUCUCGCGCCAUUUUGUCCACACCAACUCGGAACUUGCCCCAAAGCAAUCGGCGUCGAGUAUCUCCCCCCGUGGGUCGACCAUCGUCCGCGCGCGGUCUUCCAUCAUGACCCAAAUCAACACGAUCGCCGCAACACCGAGGGUCGUCCCGUUCGCCCCCGAAGUGAUGGCCCCAACUGCUCCCGCCGUGGCCAGCACCCGGCGCGAUUCGUCUGCAAGUGCAGCGCGGCCGAGGUCCCUCUCGCGGUUCCAAGUCCUGAGCACAAAGCUCCUCACCCAAAUUUCGGCCGCCCAUGCCAUCGACCACCGACGCAUCUCGACAGCGUCCUCCAUUGCCCGGCACCAUCAAGUUCUCGAGCGGUAUCACAUCCGAACCCAGACCGACCACGCAGCCCCGGCCGAGCCCACCACGUUGAAAUUCCUCGUCUCGCCCGACUCGAAGCUGUACAAGGGUUGGCAACUCACCAUGGUGGCGAUCAUUUACUACCAAGUCGUCGCCAUUCCGUACUCGUUGGUGUUUAGUUCGCCGGACGCGGACCCGACCCACGACACAUUUGGGUUGACGACGUGCGCCUUGUUUGCGCUCGACAUUGCGCUCAACUUUGUCACGCCGAUCACAACCGAGGCGGGCGGCGCCAUCGUCACGAACCACAAGCAAAUUGCGCUGUCGUACCUGCGUGGUUGGUUUGUCAUCGACAUGUUGUCGGCCAUCCCGAUCGAAGCGAUCGUGUACUUUUUAUCGUCCGACCGCAGCGGCACGUUCAAAUUUAUCGGCGUGCUCAAGACGUCCCGGUUGCCGCGGUUGGUGCGGGUGCUGAGCUUGGCUCGCAUCCUCCAGUUCCUCCGGAUCCCGUACGAGUGGAAACACUGGCUGCUGUACUCCCGAUAUGCCCACUUAAUUCGGCUCUGCACGACGAUCACAGCGUUUGCAUACAUCAUCCACAUCAUGGCGUGUUUGUGGUACGGCGCGGUCGCGUCGCCGCAAUGGCUCGACUGGAUCGAAACCAACUACAAACUCAAGACCGGCAGCAACGCGUACGUGCUGAGCUACUUUUGCAUGCUCACGACCACGAUGGGCCAAAGCAAUAACCUGUACACGAACACCGAGUACGCGUUUUCGUGCUGCUGCAUGAUUCAGGGCUGCCUCCUCAUGGCCGUGGUGUUUGGCGACGUCGGCGACUUGAUCUCCAACUAUUACGAGGACCAAAACAACUACCACCAAAAGAUGGAGUCGCUCCUCGCGAGCAUGGCACUCAUGCGCAUCCCGUCCGACUUGCAAACGCGCAUCUGCGACUACUACGAAACCAUGUACGCGCGGUACGGCACGCUUAACGGGGACACGGUCCUGUUUACGAAGGAACUGUCCAAGAACUUGAGCACAGAAGUCGAGCUGUACCUGCGGAUGGGCAUGAUUACGCGGUGCCCGAUGUUUCGGCUAUGCAGCCCCGAAUUUGUCCAGGAACUCGUCAUGCAGCUCGGCUUUCAAGUGUUCAUGGCGGACGACUUUGUCGUAGCGCGCGGCGAAAUCGGGUACGAAAUGUACUUUAUUCAGUCCGGGUCGUGCGACUUGAUCCAGCACCAAAUCAUGUUUGACGAUCACACGCGCAAAAAAAACAAGCCCAUCCACCAGGCGACGGGGACACUGGUCCGCACGCUGCUCGAAGGCGACUUUUUUGGUGAGAUCGCGCUCCUCAUGAACUGCAAGCAGACCGUGACGUUGAAAGCAACCAUGUUCACCGAGAUCUGCGUCCUCACGCGCGACCUCUUCCACGACAUCACGGCCAAAUACGUCGACGAUCACAAAGUGAUCGAGUCGUUUAUCCGGGAAAAGUACGACCCCCACGUCCUGAACGCGGCGCUCGAGAUGCAGAUCGAUCCACUGAAAGCCAAACGAAAAGCCAUCAUCAGCUGCCUCAACGACCUGGCCGAGCGCCUCGAGUUUGUCGAAGCUCGCCUCAUUCGCCUUGAAACGUGCGGCAGCAACGUCGAUGCGACGCACUACGACCACCACCACGACAUUCACGAGCACAGCGCGAUGCUCGACAUGCGAUGACCCGUACAAACGACGAGAGCGCAGAAGCAUGGAAAACAAUGUUAACCAUUCCACUCUGCACUCGAUGUGACAUACGCGUGAGCAGCUUCCUCUCCCCACACAACAAACUGAUCCAGCACGUCGUUGGGUGGUGGCAGCAGCGCCCAACGUGACAGCUGCGCCAACGAGAUCGGAAAUCCAUGGAUCCACAGUGGACUAAUCGUCCGGCGCUUAUUCAUCCACGGCAACGGAAACACGUUGACCGGUAUGUGGUCUGGAACGUCCGGGACGAACUGGAGGAGUCCACCGUCGGUAUGCCAUUGCUUCGUUCCGGCGAUUUGUCGGGCGGGCGUGCCGUCGAAGUACCACGGCACGUGACACGAGAUCAGAAGCGUGUUGGCCAAAUCGUUCUUGGUUGCAAACGACGACCAGUGCACGGUGCGCAAGCGGGGAAACACCUCCGUGGUGGCGACCACAAGGCGUGGGAGCGGGUCGGACGUGCUCGGAUGCAGGACGGGGAGCGGAUCCGGGAACAAAGCAUCGAUGUGGCGAUAUACAUACCCUGCGAGGUUCUUGGCACCCAGGAGACCUCGCUUGGAUGCACGGAUGUCCUCAUGCAACAAUGUCGCCGUGGCUUUGGUCUCUUCCAAUACGACGGCCAACGGUAUACCAUAUGCCAAGCUAGCGGCGACGAGUGAGCCUCCCGAGGCUCCAGCGAAGCGGCUGGCAGCGGUGAGCACGCCAUGACGACGCAUGUACUUGGCGACACCAAUGUGGAACGCCAAGAGAAACCCACAACCUCCAAAGCUCAAGUGGACUGGCUGUGCCAUGCUGAACGGCGGGUAGCAAAUCUAGGGUUACCUGUAACAAUCGUAGGUCGGGAUCAUUGCAUUCCUCACAUGAUGUCGAUGAAUUAAAGUGCGGUGUAGCAAGGCUCUAGCUCGGCGUGAUCUGAAGAGUGUUACCGAGGAGGGUGGGCCAGCGUGGCGACCGAGUGCGGCUCCAGACUGGGACGAAGACAGGUUUCGGGAUUUGCCAACGGUAUUGCAGACGUCUUGAAUCGG